GUCACGUAAUGCAGAAGUCAAAAUUCCAAAUUAGUUAAAAUUUUAUAUUACUCUUAUAAUUUCAUUGUAAUUUAAUUCAUUUUAAUAUAAUGCCCGUCCCUCACGGCGACGAUUGGCAGGGCUGUUACAGUCCUGAUAUCUGCUAUUCUGUGCUACGACUCCUGAAAAUGACCCAUAUACCCCUACCUAGAAAUUAGGAAUAGAUGGAGGGAGGUGGUGAGGGGAUGGUGGCCAUUGUCCAGGGCCUGAAGGACGCCGGCCUUACCGUCACGCUCGUGGACGGCCGAUAUGACCAGCCAACUCGACUUGCAUCCGCUAGAACUUGCAGAGACACCUGGCUUCCUCAAGCGAAGUCUUCAGUGGAGACCAGCACUGAUGCAAUUAGGAGUCACGCUGGUGCUCAGAUCUGUGAUGAGCAAUAUACCAGUAGUUACCAGUUGGCACACUGCAGCAUGAAGCCUACCUCUCCUGCUGUACACCUACCAGAGUUUCCUCUGCAGAAACAAGAACGUUAUAUAAAUCACGGCAACUUCGAUGUCCGCUGGCAAACUGUUCAAGAAUAUCCUCACAGACUGAAAACAACACAACUACCCAGAAAUAGUUUCACAUAUACCAAUCAAGAGGUGGCCAGCUGUUCUCGAAGUACUGACGCGUUUGUACACUCGCUGCGGAGGUACCCGAGCCUGUCUCCCGUUGGAACACCUUCGUCUGACCUGGUCUGCAAGCUGAUAGCCUACACGGAAGCCAAGAAUGAUUAUAAAAUAAAGUGUAACUUUGCCGCCGUACAAGUGGCGGUCGGCUCCGUUCGGGUAUUGUCGGUGUCCUCCGGACGGACCCCGCUGGUCGCGCUGCUGGUUGAUCAGAGUGCCGUGUAA